GACAAUUGAUUGUAGGCAGAGCUUUGAGCCAAUAAUAUUACAGAACUGCAUUUAGUAGUAGUAGUAGUAGAAACUUUAUUAGAGUGUCAAAAACCGUCUAGCCAGGGAACAAAUCCCCUACUAAUUUGGGGACACCAAUUAGGGGAGAAUAUACAAACUAAAUACAGUAGUAGCUAAAAUAUCUAUAGUUAACUUAUUAAGAGAUUUAUAGUAAAAACAUACAGAAGUCAAAAUGAACAAAGGCUACAGCCUGCGCAGCCAUCAUCUAAAAGUUCACUUAUAUUAAGUUGGCGUAUCCUGCUUUUAAACGACGUUAGGGUUGUGACGUCCCUGAUACUCUUGGGUAGUUUUGUCCAUAGCUUAGGCCCUAAAUAUCUAAUAGAGUGCUUGCCAUAGGUGACUGUCUCAUACCUAGGUAUAGAGAAAUCUGCUUGCCGCAGAUUGUAAUUACUAUUUGGUUUUUUAAAGAUGUUACUUAUAUAUGCAGGGCACAGUUUAUGUUUUACUUUAUACAUAAGUAUGCACAGAUCCUGUAAGCGACUAUUUAGUAGUGUUGGCAGAUCUGCCUUCUCUAAUAGUUGUUCAUAACUAGAAUUAUUAUCCUUGAAAACCGCUCUAAGUCCUCUUUCUUGUAGUCUUUCAAGCUUUCGAGUGUCACUCGCUUUACAAAAAUGCCACACUAGGUGACAGUACGUGAGGAAUGGUAAUAUCGCGCUUUUGAAUAAUAUUAACUUAGAUUUCAUAGGAAUUAAAUUACGUAGUCUCAUUUCACGAAGGAGACACAUAGUCUGUAGAUUUUCCUAAUAGAAAGGCAAGCUGAAUGCUUAUAACAAAAUCUUACCGCACCUAAACACAAGAGUAUAUAAUUUCCGAGAAUUCCAAAAAGAUUCCGUUACCGAGAGAGGCUAAAACAUGAUCGAAAACUAUAUCCUAACGUUAACAAAUUCAUUUAAAAAAGCCCUCUCCGACCAAUCCUACUUUCCAUGAUCACUCCACAUGUUCAGCCCAGGUGGCCUGAGAACAAAUAUACACUUCCGCGUCAGACCAUACCUUCGUUUUGGUAGCCAUGGCUGCUCAGUGUCGAAGUUUCUUAGAUAAUGUCAAAAAAGAAUUAGAAUGUUGUGUAUGCCAAGAACAGUUUGAUAAAGUCAAUGAGCCAAAAAUACUCAAAUGUCUCCACACCUUCUGUAAAUCUUGUCUACAACGCUCCAAAACUGUACCGUCGUUAUCAGAGGUAGAGGGUGCGGGACUCACCGAGGGAACUCAAGGCCAUGAUUGUGUUUUUACAGUCAUCACCAAAGACUCAUGUGGUAAUAAAACUCACAGUGAAAUAGACAAAGUUACUGUUGACAUUAGAUCAUUGCAGACGGGAACAGCCCUACAGGCCGACAUAACAGACUCAAACAAUGGCUGCUACACAAUAUCAUACAAACCUCAAACUGCUGGAGAUUUCAACGUAUCUGUAUACGUUGCAGAUGAACCUAUCGAAGGAAGUCCAUUCCAGGUGAAAGUGAAAGAAAAAAUACGAAAAUCAGAAGAUUACCAGCCGUUUGGCCUAAUUGAGGAGGGAAAAACCUGCCACGCCUGCUUUUAUACUGCAGUCCCACUUUUCCAGUUACAGUGUAGACACUACAUGUGUUGCAAGGGAUGUAAAGAGAAGCUACUCGGCGAAUGUGAUAUCUACUGCUAUAUUUGCAGACGGAAAGUUCUAUUCCUUGGAAAUCAACCGACUGGACACAUGACUUGUAGGAGAGACUCAGGACCCUCUCUCCCGGGGUACGAAACCUUUGAAACCAUAGUACUUGGUUUUAACUUCGACAGAGGAAUUCAAGGUGAAGAGCACCCAAAUUCUGAGGUUCCUUAUUUGGGUUUAUUCUGCUCAACCUAUCUGCCUGGAAACGGAGAGGGGCAAAAAUUGUGUGAACUGCUAAGAAGAGCGUUUGAUGCACGCUUGUUAUUUACCAUCGGAUUAGACAACACCAUUAUGUUUAAUGACGUUGAACUGAAAACAAGUCGAAGUGGUGGCCCUCUUAAGUGCGGUUAUCCCGACGCAGGUUAUCUUGAUCGACUGAAGAACCAGCUGGCAUUAAAGGGUGUAAAAUAGUGCAAGCCAUUGUACCUAACAAACCACUUCACGGAAAACCUCAUGAGAUGGGAGAGAGUAACUUGAAAUGAAAGGAGAAUAGCCUUUUUUUUCAAAGGGAGAAGACCAAAUUAAUCAGACUGCCACUUACGAACUUUGAAUUUCGAUUAAGGUUUAGUAAUUCAGACGCCUCGACUAUGACGUGCUUCUUUUCAGUGAUCUCAUAAAAUCAAAUGACUCUCGGUAUGUCUCUCAUUCCACAAGCUAAUAAUAAUAAUAAUAACAAUAAUAAUGAUUAUAGUUCUAUAAUGCUUCAACGAAAAUUUUGCGUUUGCUGGAGCAAGGAUGGCUUGUUACACAAAGGAAUAUACACAGCUUCACUUUUAAAACACUAAAAUGUGGCUAAAAAUCUCAAGUGCGCAAAAUUACCCUAUCAGAGAACAUGACCUUUUUAUUACGAUUAAAAAUGAUGCAAACUCAACCCGAGAUUCAAAGAUUGAAGCUAGAAUACUAUUUUAACGUUAAUUUGAUAUACGUCGGUCUUGCAUGCGAUGUAUUGCAGUCUUUGCACUGAUCGUAUAUUUCAAUCUGGCCAUGAUUAGGGUGACUCGUAACAGUUAACCGAACUGAUACUUUGAUUACGUUCUGCUACCCAUGCCAGGACUUUAUUUCUAUGUUAUCCACGUGAUGUACAGUAUAGAAAAUUUAUGCACACAAAUUACAAGCGCAAAUUAGCCUAUUCUUACAUAGUUACUUUUUCAAUGUCUAAUCUAAUGUAUAGCUAUUAUAAUACUGUUAAAUACGAUCCACUUUUUUUGAUAGCACUGAAUGCUCAAAGCUCUUUUUAUAGCCUGUGUGGUAUGACAAUAAUAACAUUUUUCAGUACAACGUUCUGCAAGUUAUCUCAUUGUCAUGUUUUCAAUCUUAAAUUCUGUAAUUGUUUUGAUUGCAUAAACUUGUCAGAGAUGUUUACCUGUGGCGAGUAGUGAUCUAAUAACAAUUGUAACAUAAUCAGUGAUAAAGUAUUCUUUGGAACAUA